GGGUUAAAAAAGGAAAUAUCUUUUCAAAUUGUGAUAAAUCAAGAAAACAUGGCGGACUCAGCGGGGAAUUGGUGUCUUAUCGAAAGUGAUCCUGGAGUUUUCACCGAAUUAAUAAAGAAUUUAGGUGUUAAAGGAGCUCAAGUGGAAGAAUUAUGGAGUUUGGAUGAUGAACAAUUCGAUAAUUUAAAGCCUAUACAUGGUUUGAUAUUUUUAUUCAAAUGGGUGCAAGAUGAUGAACCUUCUGGAAAUAUUGUUUUAGACAAUAGACUGGACAAAAUAUUUUUUGCAAAACAGGUGAUUAAUAAUGCUUGUGCAACUCAAGCAAUAUUAAGUGUAUUAUUAAAUUGUAAACAUUCUGAUAUAUCAUUGGGGCCAAAUUUGGAGGAAUUCAAAAACUUUUGUCAAAGCUUUGAUGCCAACAUGAGAGGACUUGCUCUUAGUAAUUCUGAUGUGAUAAGAGAAGUGCAUAAUUCUUUUUCAAGGCAAACAGUGUUUGAAUACGAUUCAAAGCAAGCAUCUAAAGAUGAUGAUGUAUUUCACUUUGUUAGCUACGUACCAAUUGACGGACGACUAUAUGAGUUAGAUGGAUUAAAAGAUGGACCAAUGGAUUUAGGUCCGUGUCCGCCUGGGGAUCAAUGGGUUCAAGCAGCGAAACCUAUAAUACAAAAAAGAAUAAAUAAGUACAACGAAGGAGAAAUACAUUUUAAUUUAAUGGCAAUAGUAACGGAUAGAAAAACACUUUACGAGCGACAAAAAGCUAAUAUUUGCGAUCCAGCAGAGUUAGAGCGCUUGCAGACGUUAAUUGAAAAGGAAAUUCGAAAAUCUAAAAGAUAUCAGAUCGAAAAUAUUCGAAGAAAGCAUAACUAUUUGCCAUUAAUAAUGGAGUUACUUAAAAUGCUCGCUAAAGAAGGUAAACUGGUACCAUUGUAUCAAAGAGCAAAAGAAAAGGCAUUGGAGAAAGAAUCCAAGAAGAAUAAAGUUUAAACGGUAAUUUUGCGAAGGUAUGAGGAAAACGAUGGAAUGUAUGUAUAAUGUAUAAACAUCGGUAAAUAAAUAAUAAUGGUAUCUUUUUAAAA